AUGGCGGCGCAGAUGGAUGAGAGCGAGCUUCGCGAGCUGGUCGAGUAUCUGAAGAACUCGCUUAGCGGACAUGACAGAAACAAGCAGAAGAACGCUGAGCAGAUGCUCAUCAAAGCUGCAUCCACGCAGUCAACGUUCGUGGACUACCUGCAGUACAUCUUUAGUUCACCGCAGCUGGGAGACAACCUCAACCUGAAUCCGGGUACGACUUUCCUUGUACGAUAUGCAGCGGCGAUCCAGCUCAAGAACCACAUCAAAACGCACUACAAAGAAAUACCCGCCGAGAAGCUUACGCAGAUCAAGUCUAGUACUUUGGGCAUGCUACAGGACCAGAACGCCCAAUUACGCAGUUUUGCCGGGACCAUUAUCACCGAAAUUGUACAGCAGGGAGGUCUGCUACAAUGGCCAGAAAUAUUGAUCGAGUUGAUCACGCUGGUGGAAAAUAAGUCUGGAAACAUACCUGCGGAUGCACAGCAGGGUGCUAUGUCCGCGUUGGCAAAAGUCUGCGAGGACAACCGAAAACUGCUCGACAAGGAGUAUCAGGGACAGAAACCGAUGACUGUCAUUGUAGAGAAAAUGCUGCUCUUCGCAAACCAUGAUCUGCCGCAAGUCCGAGUCUUCGCUUUGGGCACUCUUAAAACGUUCAUACCGCAGAAGUCGCAGGUAUUGAUGGACUCGUUGAACGAAUACCUGGCAAGAGUCUUCGAGAGAGCCUCAGAUCCUGCAACAGAAGUCAGGAGAAUUGUAUGUCAAUCUCUUGUGCAGCUGGUCGAGUCUAAGCCGGAAGCUCUGGCGCCAAACAUGGACGGACUUGUCAAUUACAUUCUCACGCAACAGACACAAUCACAAGAUCCAGAUCUCGCCAUGGACGCUGCCGAAUUCUGGCUGAGCGUGGGAGAGCAGGAGCUGUUGAAAGACACUAUGCGGCCUUAUCUCCCUCGGAUAGUCCCAGUCUUACUUGCCGGUAUGGUCUAUGGUGAAGAGGACGUCUUUCGGUUAGGUGGAGACACUGACGAUGCGGACCAAGACGACCGAGUGGAAGACCUCAAGCCGCAGUUUGCCGAACAGAAGAAAGGCAGGGGUGCCAUUCAUGAAAAGUCCGGAGACGAGAGCUCAAACGGAGCGCCAGCCUCGUCAGACUCGAAGAAGGAUCUAAGUGAUGGUGAAAUCGAAGAAAGCGAGGACGACGACGAUAGCUUGGACGACGAAGAUCCGGAGAACAUUUGGAGUCUGAGAAAGUGCUCGGCGGCUGCACUUGAUGUGUUCGCCGUCAACUACCACGAUUCGGUCUUCGCCAUCAUUCUCCCAUACCUCAUGGAGAACUUAUCACAUCAGAUGUGGCCCAAACGGGAGGCUGCCGUUCUCGCGCUCGGAGCGAUUGCCGAAGGAUGCAUGAAUGUGGUCUCGCCUCAUCUGCCAGAACUCGUGCCAUUCCUCAUCAACUUGCUCAACGAUAACGAACCAGUCGUGCGGCAAAUUACCUGCUGGUGUUUGGCACGCUACUCAGAAUGGGCGGCGCAACUGAACUCGCCCCAAGAAAAGCAGAAGUACUUCGAGCCCAUGAUGGACGGUCUGUUGAAGCGGAUGCUCGACAAGAACAAGAAAGUGCAAGAAGCUGGCGCGUCAUCCUUCGCCAGCCUGGAAGAAAAGGCGGGCGAUAAGCUGAAGCCAUACACCGAGCCAAUUCUGCGGCAAUUCACGCAGUGUUUCCAGUUGUACAAGGACAAGAACAUGUACAUUUUGUACGACUGUCUCCAAACACUUGCCGACUCGGUUGGAGCAGAGAUGGCGAAGCCGGAACUCGUUCAGAUGCUCAUGCCGGUACUCAUUCAACGGUGGCACAAGAUCAGCGACGAAUCCAGAGAAAUGUUUCCUUUACUGGGCUGCUUGGGCUAUAUUGCGAUCUCAUACGGUAGUCUCUUCACACAAUUUGCGGAGCCCAUCUUCUCGAGGUGCAUCUCGCUCAUAUACUCCAAUCUUCAGCAGCAUAUGGCAUUUCAGACUGGACAAUCAAUAGACCAGCCAGACAAAGACUUCAUCGUGUCUGCUCUGGAUCUUCUCUCAGCAAUCAUUCAAGCCAUACCCAACGCCGACUCAGCCAAUCUGGUUCAAUCAUCAAAUCCUCAGUUCUUCGACCUCCUAUCCUUCACCAUGGACGACCCGACGCCCGACGUCCGACAGUCUGCCUAUGCCCUUCUCGGCGAUUGUGCGAUCGCCAUCUAUUCAUCCCUCGAGCCGUAUCUCGACAAGCUCUUCCCCAUCUUGAUCCGUCAAAUAGAUCUUGACCGGAUACCUGCCGAUGAAGUCGAAGCAGAUCCCGCAUUCAACGUCCUCAUCAACGUCUGCUGGUCAGCCGGCGAGAUCGGCAGCCGAGCACCACGCGACAAGCUCGCCCCGUUCAUUCCGGACCUUUAUCGCAACCUCAUCACCGUCCUCACUUAUGAGGAACGUGUCCCGGAGUCGGCUGCCGAGAACGCCGCGCUAACUAUUGGGCGGUUGGGCAUCCAAUGUCCCGAUCUUCUCGCCGCCAAUCUUGGCACGUAUGCCGGCCCCUUCCUUGAGUACAUGUCUCAAGUCAGUUCCUCGACCGAGAAGGCCUCCGCGUUCUUGGGCUUCAAUAACGUCAUCCAGCGCAAUCCGGCUGCUAUGGAAAGCUCGCUGACCGAGUAUCUGACCGCCGUUGCUGCUUUUCCACGCAAUGUGCCGGAGAGUGAGGACGCCGAGGUCUAUGCUAGUACAAGAGCGAGCUUUGCACAAGUGGUCCAGGGCUUCAGGCAGAUGAUCGGGCCUGAGAGGUUCCAGGGGGAAGUAUUGGGGCGGUUGAGUCAGCCGAGCCAGACGAAGUUGAGGGAUUAUGUGUCCUGA